AUGCUGGAUGCAAAUUCUAAUGAAGCAAUAAAUUAUCGCAUUGCUGAAAAUUCAGAUUUAGAUUUAGAAAUCAUACAAAAUCUUGAACAAAUAAUGCGAGAAUCUAACGUAUUUGCUCAAUCUUAUCAAAUGAUGAGUGAAGAAUUAGAAAAUCAACGACGAUUAGAAAGAGAAUCUGGAGAAUUGUUGCCAGAAUUACAAUUAUUAUUUACAUUAAAACCAGGUGUAGAUCGACGUCGAUAUAAUGCACAAAGAACUAAUGAAGUUGCAGCUGUUUUUCGUACUACUUCUGAUGGGGAAAUUCCAGAAUCAUAUGUAACAAUACGUAAUAAAAAUACUAAAACUUUACAAAAUGUUAGUACCAUGGAUCCAAAUGUUGAACCAUGGAUUGUUGACAAAUAUAUUUCUGCAGAAAUUCCUGAUCCAUGUGAAAAUCGUACUUUACAUGACAUAGUUAUGAGACACAUGAUUCAUGGACCUUGUGGUGAUUGGUGUUUGAUAGAUGGAAAAUGUUCAAAACAUUAUCCUAAACCAUAUCUUGAAGAGACCAGAAUGGAUGAAGAUGCUUAUCCUUAUUAUCGUCGAAGAAAUAAUAAUAAGAAUUUUGAACGCCCUGGUGGUUAUGGACAUGAUGCUGCUGCUAUAACAAUUGAGCCAAUAACAGAUAAUAUAAUAAUUGAUCAUGAUGAAAUACGUAAUUUUAUAGAAACUCGGUAUGUUGGACCUGUAGAAGCCUGUUGGCGUAUUCUCGAAAAAAAGCUACAAGAUAAAAGUCAUACUAUCGCUCGUUUGCCAAUCCAUCUUCCUAAUGAACAAAAUGUUAUAAUUGAAAAUGAAACCAUUGAAGAAGCAAUGACUGAUGCAGCAUGCCUAGCUUUAGGUUUAAUUGAAGAUGAUGAAGAAUGGAAACGAGCUAUGAAUGAAGCUAUUGGAUGGAUGAUGCCUCAACAACUUCGUAGAUUAUUUCACUGUCAGAAGAUUAUGUUCGACAUUUUGGAUUCUUACAAGGACAAAAAAAAAGCGUAUUCACAAAUUAAUACUAUGCUUUGUGCUGAAGGUAAAAGUCUUGCUGAUUUUCCACAAAUGGAACAAUUAAUAGAAAAUGAUAAAGAAAUUGAUUAUAUGACACUUGAAGAAACUAUGGAAGUUGGUACCAGACAAUAUGAGCAAUUAAAUGACGAGCAGAAAGAAAUAGUAGAUCUUGUAUUAAACAGAUUAGAUACUAAUAAUCAUAAUAACAAUUGUAUUUAUAUCGAUGGUCCAGGUGGUUCAGGUAAAACGUUUAUAUACACAACUAUCUAUUAUUUAACCAAAAUUCGAAAUAAACAUAUAUGUACAAUGGCUUUUACGGGUAUUGCAGCGACAUUAUUGCCAGUAGGAAAAACAGUUCAUAAAACAUUUGGAUUACCAGUUCCAUUAUUUGCUGAUUCAUCAUCUAACAUUAAAAUCCAAUCCAAGGAAGCGCAUUAUUUAAAAGAAAUAGAUAUUUUUAUUUGGGAUGAAGCGCCAAUGGCACCAAGAUACGCUCUAGAGAUUAUGGAUCGAACGUUGCGUGAUAUCAUGAAUAAUGAUUUACCUUUUGGUGGAAAAAUUAUUGUGUUAGGUGGUGAUUUCAGACAACUUCUCCCUAUUAAAGUACAUGGUACUCGAAGUGAAAUUGUAAAUCUUUCAAUCAAAUUUAGUUCUACUUGGAAACACUUUAUAAAUUUUUCUUUAACAAAAAACACGCGUGUUCUUCCAGAGAAAACUGAAUUUGCAAAGUUUCUAUUGGAUAUAGGAGACGGUAAAUUAAAUGAUUCUAACGAUAAUAUACAACUUCCUGAUUGUUGUAUCGCACCUAUUAAUGCCGAUAUUGUACAAGAUAUAUAUGGUGAUUUGAUACGAAAUAAAGAAUUUAAUAAAAUGGCGAAAUGUGCAAUACUUUCUGCAAGAAAUGCUGAUGUAGAUAAAAUUAAUAAACGAGUUGUCGAAUUAUUAAAUACGUUUGAAGAACGAAUUUAUACAAGUAUAGAUAGUACUGAAAACUGCGGUGAUAAUGGUGACAUUGGUGAAACCUUACUACCAGAAUAUUUAAAUACUUUGUCUCCGUCAUCUCUUCCACCUUAUGAAUUGCGUUUAAGACCAAAUUCUAUUAUUAUGUUAAUUAGAAAUCUAAGUAUCAAUGAAGGUCUUUGCAACGGUACUAGAUUAAUGAUUAUAGAACUUGCUGAUCAUUUAUUAAAAUGCAAAAUUUUAACAGGUGAUAAGGUAGGAGAUAUUGUGUUUUUAAAUCGUAUAACACUAUAUUGCGAAAAUGUAUAUCCUUUUACUUUUAAAAGAAGACAAUUUCCAAUAAAAUUAGCUUUUGCUAUGACAAUUAACAAGUCACAGGGACAAACAUUUGAUAGAGUUGGAAUAGAUCUUCGCAAAGAUGUUUUUAAUCAUGGACAACUUUAUGUGGCUUUUUCACGAACUAGAUAG